UACUCUCAUCAUCACCAUCAAAAACUUCACAAGCCUUUUUACUUACAAAUUAAGAAAGAAAAAUGGAGAUGCAAAGCAACUGCGACUUGGAACUUCGCCUUCUUCCUCCUCCUUCUUAUGAAUCAAACAGCUCUGAAAUUCCACAACCGAAGCAAGAACCUCAGGUCUGUGUUUCUUCAGAUCUUAUCCAACUCCAGGCAACAGCUUUACUAUCACUAGCGAGAAGAGAUAGGGAAGAGAGAUCAUUGUCACUGGAAAGUUCAGACGGCUCAGAUCCUUCAGUAAUUCCAAGCAAUUUGUAUCGAGUUCAUCAUCAGAAGGCCUCUACGAAGAGAUCUCUUCGUAGCUUUCUUCAGAAACGGAAUAUUCGGAUUCAGGCUUCUUCUCCUUACCGCCGAUUCCCAAUAAAUAUGUUUAUGUGAUUUCAGUUUUUCUCAUGCUAUUAGAUAUUUGAGUUAGCACAAUUUUAAUUAUUUGAAUCAAAGUGUUUUUUCUUGCAACAUUGAAAGUUCAGGUCUAUCAAAAAAAAAAACAUUGAAAGUUCA